ACAUGAAUAUUUGGUAACAUAGCGUGGACUGAGAUUUCAGAGAAGAAACCCAUUGUAGAUUUCAAAGGCCAUCAAAAUUCACCAACCCCAUUUACGUAUUAAACCCUCAACCAACCAACAAAAAAAGAAAAAAAGAAAAAGAAAGAAAGAAACCUUGUCAAUCCUGUGUUCUACAGUUCUACUCUCUCGAUCACACCCAAUUACCCAAAAUAUCGGUCUAACAGUCUGUCAUAGCUAUUUAUAGAUCACAAUACAGAUAUCAGUUUUUUAUGGUCUUGAUCGUAGAAGGGUUUAGGUCAAAACCAAAGCUUUUGAGAAAAAAAUUCAAAGUUCGUUAAGGUUUUGGCUUUCCCUUCUCGACUCUAGGCUGAUUGAUCUCUUUGAAACUAUAUAUUUUCUCCGAUCCUUUUUUUUGCGUUUUUGCAAGAUAUCCAGAAAACCCAGUUGGAUUUUCCUUUGAAAAUUCCAUCUUCCACGCUAUGAUUUGCUCGGCGAAACAAUCUCUCACGGCGACGAUUAAUGGGUCCGAUUUGUUUCUCCGAAAGAGGCUGCCGGCGGCGUCGAUUAGGCGAUCCUCGCUGCUUUUACCGGCUCUGCAUAAACCGGAACGACUGGCCCUAUCGGUUUCGAAGCCUUUGCACGUGUCAUCGGUUGAGAAUCUGAGUUUGAGAGCUCGGAGAGAUUCGAUCAAGUGCGAGGCCUACGAGGCGGCUGACCAAUCGAAGCCGGUGCAGCCGGAGGGGAAGUCGGAGGCGGCGAAGAAGGUGAAGAUCGGCGUGUAUUUCGCGACGUGGUGGGCUCUGAACGUUGUGUUCAACAUAUACAACAAGAAAGUUCUAAAUGCGUUCCCGUACCCGUGGCUGACCUCUACGCUCUCGCUUGCAUGUGGGUCUCUCAUGAUGCUGGUCUCUUGGACUGCGAGGAUCGCCGAGACGCCCAAGACCGAUUUUGACUUCUGGAAGGCUUUGUUUCCGGUUGCCGUGGCGCAUACUAUUGGGCAUGUUGCAGCUACUGUGAGUAUGUCAAAGGUUGCGGUUUCAUUCACCCACAUCAUCAAGAGUGGUGAGCCUGCUUUCAGUGUAUUGGUUUCAAGGUUCCUGUUGGGUGAGAGCUUCCCGGUGCAAGUCUACCUUUCCCUCCUUCCAAUUAUCGGUGGUUGCGCUCUUGCUGCUGUCACUGAGCUCAACUUCAACAUGAUUGGUUUUAUGGGGGCGAUGAUAUCAAACUUGGCAUUUGUCUUCCGGAACAUAUUCUCAAAGAGGGGCAUGAAGGGGAAGUCCGUUAGUGGAAUGAACUAUUAUGCUUGUCUGUCUAUGUUGUCCCUUUUAAUUCUCACACCAUUUGCUAUUGCCGUGGAGGGACCGCAGAUGUGGGCAGCUGGUUGGCAAACAGCUAUCUCAGAAAUUGGACCUAAUUUCAUAUGGUGGGUGGCAGCCCAGAGUGUGUUCUAUCAUCUCUACAACCAGGUGUCAUAUAUGUCCCUGGAUGAGAUCUCUCCCUUGACAUUUAGCAUUGGAAACACCAUGAAACGGAUAUCUGUCAUUGUCUCCUCAAUCAUCAUCUUCCACACGCCAGUUCAGCCCAUCAACGCACUUGGAGCUGCCAUUGCUGUUGCUGGAACCUUCAUAUAUUCCCAGGCAAAGCAGUAAGAAGGCCGGGGUUCUAAAUUUUAGAUUUUGUUAUGUAGAGAGCAUAAAGUGAUGGAAGAGAUCAAGAUCUGGUCCCCCCCAGACUGAGUGGUAGGAGUUGCUUUUCUUUCCGAGUUGAUGACUCCUGGAUUUUUAUUCAGAUGAACGAACCAACCAGUUUGUCUUGGUGUAGAUAAUAAAAUAAUAUUUUCUAGAGAGCAUCACUGUUGUACGGGUUAUCAUAUCAAAGGGGUUGGUUUGGAGAGUUUUCUAAUAAUAAACAAAGGGUAAUAAUGGCUCAGACCCACCCCUGUCUGUUUUGAGAAAAACAUGAAUAUUGAAUUAUAUUUUAAUUUCUAGGUUUUGAUUUCUUUCUUUUUCAUGAUUAAAUAAAAAAAGGAGAUCUCCUCCAAAUUUUGUA